GGACAAGCAGUCAGCAGACAUCAAGGACUCGCGGCAUGCGGGCUCUCGCGCGGAGGGGGUUGGCUUUGGCAGGGGGCGGGGAGCAAAUGCCUUCCCAAGCGAUGCCCAGCAUAAUGGAAAUUGCACGCAGCAUCCACAUACUCAUAGAUGCAUGCAGGGCUCUGCGCUUACACUGCUAGAAAGCGUCGUCUGAUCGUCUUUGUGCCUGGAUUCAUCGGGUGCAGCGACAGCUCAGCAAGUUUCCUUGUCGCACGCUAGUACCCAAACUCCUGACCACCUGGAACAAACAAACUAUACAGCAUACAUACAGAACUCCCGCAUCCAGCGACCUGGUACUUUGACACGAAAGCUUCUUAUUCCGCACCCUAUCUUUUAUCGCGCUGCUAGGCAAACAACUUACAAGCGUUGUUUGGACAAUUCACUUGCAUAGUCAACACAUACGUUCUGGUGGCCUGUGACGAAAUGCAAUUUGUCGACUUCCAGUAACACGCGAGCAACGCCAGCAAUCGCCAAGCAUGGCCACCCGCGGAGACGGUGAAGGGGGAGCUCGGUCUGAUGUUCCGACGCCAGCGGCAGGGGGAGAACCGUUGCAACUCAUCGCGCACAACGAGGGGACUUGGACAAUAGGGGAGAAAGCGCUUGAAGUGUUGAAGCGGAUAAAGGCGCCCAUCGCUGUCGUCGCUGUAUGUGGGAGAGCGAGAACAGGCAAAUCCUACAUCCUCAACAAGCUGCUGGGCGCCGCCGGCGCGGCCGGGUUCGAAGUGGCAAGCAGCUACCGCCCAUGCACAAAAGGGCUGUGGAUGUGGUCUCAGCCGCUGCGGCGCACCGCCCUUGACGGCAGCAACUACUACCUGGUGCUACUGGACACCGAGGGCAUUGACGCCUACAACCAGGUGGUGGCUGGGGUGCGCGUGCGCGUGGGGUUGCGCUCCUUGGGCCCAGUACACCGCACAGACCAGCCGCGUCGCAUACUGCACACUUUAAGUGGGUCACUGCCCGUGCGCUCCCUGACACUCAUGCAGACCACGCAGGACGGCGUGUCGCUGUUUAGCCUGGCGGUUCUGCUGUCCAGCCUCUUCGUCUUCAACCAGAUGGGUGGAAUCGACGAGGCCGCGCUGGACCGGCUGGCGCUGGUGACGGAGCUCACACGCCGCAUCCGGGUGCACGGCAGCCCGGUGGCAGGCAGCGGCGGCGGGGCGGCGGAGGCGCCGGCGGCAGCGGAAGUGGAAAAGACGGAGAAGAAGAAGGGGAAGGGGAAAGGCUCCGAGGCCUCGCCAAACGGCGGCGCCGGCACGGGGGCCGGCGGCUCUGGCGGCGGCGCUGCCGGUAGCGCUCUGCUGGAGGAGGUGUCUGCGCUGUCCGAGUUCACCCCCAGCUUCAUGUGGCUGCUGCGGGACUUCUACUACGACCUGGAGGGGGAGCACGGAGUCAAGCAAUCCCCGCGCGACUACCUGGAGACGGCGCUCAUGCCCACGGCGGGCAGCGGGCCGGCGGUGGAGGCGAAGAACAUGAUCCGUGAGUCCAUCAAGUCGCUGUUCAAGGAGCGCGAGUGUGUGACGCUGGUGCGGCCGGUGUCGGACGAGGAGGCGCUGCGCAACCUGGACAAGCUGCCGGAGGAGGAGCUGCGGCCCGAGUUUGUGGAGGGCGUGUCCAAGCUCACGGCCGCCAUCUUCGCCCGCGCGCAGCCCAAGCGGCUGGGCACACAGCUGCUGAGCGGCCCCCUGCUGGCGGGGCUGGCGCAGGCGUACGUCAAGGCCAUAAACACGGGCGCCGUGCCCACCAUACACACCGCCUGGCAUAGUGUUGCCGAGGGCGAGUGCCGGGCCGCCUGCUACGCGGCCGAGGACGCCUACCGCGCCGCCUUCGACCCCAACACGCCCGCGGACGAGCAACUGCUGGAGAAGGAGCACCAGCGCGCCCUGGCCGCGGCCACCACGGCCUUCCAGGAGCGCGCGGUGGGCGACCCCGGCCUGCAGCGGCGCUGGCAGCAGCGCUUCGUGGCGGCCUGCAGCCUGGCCUUCGAGGCGGUGCGGGAGCGGCGGCUGGCGGUGGCGGCGGAGGCGCUGGAGAGGCAGCUGGGGGAGCUGGCGGGGCAGCUGCACACGGAGGCUCGGCUGGGUGGCCAGGACUUCUCCCGCCUCGCCGCAUCCGUGGAGGCGGGCGUCGCCGGCGUGGUUGCGGCCACUGUGGGCGCGGCGCGGUGGCCGCGGCUGCUGGCCUUCACACACCAGCAGUACGGAGGCCUGGGUGCGGAGAUGUGGGAGCGCGCGGCGGCGAAGGCGGAGGCGGAGCGGCAGCGGGCGGCGCUGGAGGCGCGGGCGCAGGUGGCGGAGGCGCAGCGGCAGGUGGCGAUGCUGCAGGCGGAUUUGGCAGACGCGAAGCGGCGAGCUGACGAGGCGACGGCGGCAGCCGCGGCUGCGACGGCGGCGGCCGCCGCUGCCAAGGCAAAUGGCUCGGCGGUGCGGACCAAUGGCGGCGGCGGUGGCGCGGGGCGGCGGGCGGCAGCGUAUGUGGACAGUGACGACGAGCAUGAUCCGAAAUCGCGCGGGUGCUUCGGCUUUGGGUGUUGAGCUCUGGGCCGCGAAAGCGUGCCGAGCCGAGGGGUGGAAAACAUGCGAAGUAUUUUGUGUGGAAGACGCGCGAUUUGCGUCUGCGUUAAGAAGUAACGUGUCCGUCAGCGGAACGCAGUAUCUGUGCAGGAGUGGCAACAUAUGUGGCAGACAUACAGCGUGAGCUGCGCUCACGCAUUGACAGGUGUCAACUCAGCUGGGUUUUCAUGUUCGCACAGUUACGGUUAAAAAGUGUGGGCUGGGCGUGUGGCCACACGCGCUUGCCGGCGGGGGGGACGACGCUCGCUUCAACGUACGUCCCUCUCGUGACAUUUUAUUAGCAUUCAUCAAGAAGGGUACCGGAAUGGAAGGACGGAGCUGCGGCGGCUGUAAAAGAUUGGGCUCGCGUGGCGAUGGGGAACUCGCCUGGAACCUGGCGAAUGGCGUGCGCUCGAGCUGUAACCUGGCCGACGC